AUGUCGGUGCUUGAUACAAAUCCUUCGAUUGUCUGUGGGAUCUCGGCUUUCAAGUACCCUUUGGCCCCCGAUUACGAAAAUGCUUUUAAUCCGUGCUUUAUUCUGAACUUAUUUUGUUCAUUUUCAAUCGGGUUUGCUUUGUUUGGGUUGCUUGAGCUAAAUCAUAUUUUUUUCAAGAAAACUAAGGUUGGUGGUUCAAUAGCCCCCAAAAAUACCGGGCUAGUCCAUUGGAUUCGAGUUAAUUUAGUUUUUUUUCAAUCCUUACUUUAUUUAUGGCUAGUACCUUUAAUCAAUAUUCACCACCGCUAUUCCGAUACUAAAAUCAUAUCUUUCGCAAUAACUUUUGCAGUAUUAACUUUUAUAAUCUUACCAAUCCAUAUUUAUGAAACAUGCCACUCUCCAAUACCGUCAAAUAUCCUUCUCUUAUACUGGCCUUGUUUAAUAGCUUUACAGUUAAUUCUUUUUUUCCAAGAUUAUACUACUAUUUGGCCGGUGGUCAAACUGAAUUAUUCAACAGUAAUUGAAGUUUUGAUCCUAUUCAAUGCUUGUUCGAUUUUAUAUAUGGAAGCUUCUAAAAAUUGGUGGAGCCCAAGUCAUAAACUCAAAUUAUACUAUUCGAAAUAUUUCGAAGUUGAAUUAUCAAAACCUCACAUCUUGGAAAAAAUUAGUUUCACUUGGUUAACCAGUAUGAUCGUUUCCUCUUACAAAAAACAAUCCUUACUGGAAAAAGAUUUGCCAGGGACUCUUUCAAAAGUUUCAACCGAUGUUUUCGCUUUAAAAUUAUCAAAAAACUGGCAGAAAUAUUCAAAUAAAGAUCCAAAGGCUAGAAUCAUAUGGGCCCUAUGCAAAUCUUUCGGGUCAAUUGCUUUAUAUUCUUAUUUGUUCAGUUUCUUUGAAAGUAUGGUUGAAUAUAUUAAUCCUCAAUUGUUACGUUUAUUAAUUAAAUUUUUUUCAGAUAAAUCAAAAAAUCCAAGUUUACCUUUAUUACAAGGUUUAUCAAUUGCAUUUUUAAUGUUUCUCAAUUCUUGUUUUGAAAUUUAUGUCGUUAGUAAAUCUAACUUAUUACUUUUAGAUGUUAGUUUAUCAAUUAAAUCUUCUUUACUGUCUUUGAUUUAUGAAAAAAGUUUGAAAUUAUCUCCUGAAGCUAGAUUAAAACAUCCUUCUGCCUCAAUCAUUAAUUUGAUUGCAGUUGACGUUCCAAGACUUCAACAAGUUGCCCAAUACGUAUGUUUUUUGAUCAUUUCCCCCAUCGAAUUAGUCGUUUGUACAUUUUCUCUUUGGGUUCUUUUAGGAAAAUCUUCACUUGCCGCUUUAUUCGUUAUCAUGAUUUCAAUGCCUGUUAACACCUUCAUUGUUAAAAGAGUUAAAAAAUUAAAUAAAACUCAAAUGACUUUCAAAGAUAAAAGAACAAAAUUAAUUAGUGAAAUUAUUUCUUCAAUAAAAUCUUUAAAAUUAUACGCUUGGGAAAAACCUCUUGUUAACAGAUUACUCGACGUUAGAAAUAAUGAAGAAUUGAAAAAUUGGAGAAAAAUUAAAACUGCUUAUCAAUUUGCUAAUCUUGUUUGGUCGAUAUUAAGUCUCAUGAUAAGUGUAGCUACUUUAGCAACUUAUACAAUUUUAGAAUCUAUUCCAAUGACUCCAGAUUUGGUUUUCCCUGCAAUGGCUUUAUUAGAUAAGUUAUCAAACCCUUUAUUGGAAUUGCCGGUGUUAUUCAAUUCUUUAGUCGAAGCUUCAGUUGGUCUCGAUAGAAUAAGCCAAUUUCUUAUGGCCCCUGAGAUUUCUACGGAUUUCAUCGAAUAUGGCCCUACCCCUAAAGAUUUAGGCGAAGAGUCACUCAAGAUUCUGAAUACAUCGUUUUUAUGGUCCAAAUCUAAUGAUUCAAAUUCUAAUUAUGCCUUGCAAAAUAUCGAUUUUAAAGCUGGUAAAGGUGAACUUAUCACCAUCGUUGGUAAAGUUGGAUCCGGAAAAUCAUCCUUAUUAUUAGCCUUAUUAGGUCAGCUUUAUCCAACACCUGGAUCUGGUGAAAAUAAAUCAAGCUGCCAAAUUAAUGGUACAAUCGCUUAUGCUGCUCAACUGCCUUGGAUCUCUAAUUCUUCAGUGAAAGAUAAUAUUUUAUUUGGUCAUAGAUUCGAUGAAAAAUUCUAUAAUCUAACUUUGGAUGCUUGCCAAUUACUACCAGACUUAAAACAAUUACCUGAUGGUGACGAGACUCAAGUUGGUGAAAAAGGUAUUUCUUUGAGUGGGGGCCAAAAAGCCCGUGUUGCUCUCGCUAGGGCUGUUUAUGCUCGUUCUGAUAUUUAUCUCUUGGAUGAUGUCUUAAGUGCUGUUGAUAGUCAUGUCGGUAAGAAAAUUAUCGAAAAAGUUUUGGGUGAUAAAGGUUUAUUAGCCACGAAGACAGUUAUUUUAUCCACUAACUCACUUUCCGUUUUGAACUAUGCCCACUACACCUAUCUUAUUGAAUCAGGUAAAAUAAUUGAACGUGGUACCAUUGACGAGGCUUACGAUGAGAUCAAAAAUCCAAAAUUAUAUGAAUUAUUGAGCGAAUUUGGUAAAAGAGAUACCCCAAAUGAAUCCGCCAAUGUUUCGAGGGAAGAUUCCCCGGAAUACCUGGAUAAGAAAUCAGUUGAAGGUUCUCAAAUGUUUGCUACUAAAGAUAAUGAAACUGAGGGGGAUGAAGAAGUUCUGUCGUUUUCUGUAGUUAAAUCUGUUGACAGCCAUCGCAGGGCUAGUAUUGCAACCUUUCAUUAUGAUCCUUUUAAAGAGACAAUUCCAACAUUGAAAACAGGACCAUUAAAAGAAAUUUCUUCCAAAGGUAAAGUUAAAUGGAGUGUGUACUAUAAUUAUGCCAAAGCAUGCUCUAUUACCGGUUGCGUAAUGUUUCUUGUCAUAUCAAUAAUGUCAUCAGUUUCAGGUAUUAUAAAGACGUAUUUUUUGAAAAUAUGGGCCGAAGAAAAUUUAAGGAAUGGUGAUAAUAAAAAUGCUUUAAGUUUCAGUUUAGAAUACUUUGGUCUAGGUAUCUCAGUUGCAAUAUUGAUGACCCUUAGGUCUCUUGUGAUGAAUUCUUAUGUUGGAAUAAAAGGUUCCAAAAAUAUUCAUGAAAAAAUGGUGAAGAGAAUAAUCAAAGCUCCAAUGAAUUUUUUCGAAAGAACCCCCGUUGGAAGGAUAAUGAAUCGAUUUACUAAUGACAUUUCAAAAGUUGAUGAAACAUUACCACGGGUGUUUAGCCUGUUUUUCAAAUACUUGGUCAAGUCAGUUGUUAAUUUAGCCAUUGUUUCAGCAUCUUUACCACCUUUCAUGAUCAUAAUGCUCGUGUUAUCAUUGAUUUAUAUGUACUAUCAACGAUUUUAUGUAUCAAUUUCUAGAGAAUUGAAGAGAAUGUUGUCAGUGUCAAGAUCACCAAUAUUUGCCCAUUUACAAGAAAGUUUGAAUGGUGUUGAUACUAUUAUAGCCUAUGACCAAAUCAAUAGAUUUGAAUAUAUCAACCAUGGAAAUAUUGACUUCAAUUUAAAAAGUCUUUUCAUGAUGAGAUAUGUCAAUAGAUGGCUAGCAGUAAGAUUGGGAUUUAUAGGUGCCAUAACUGUUCUAAGUGCAGCAACCUUGGCUAUUUUCAGUUUCACUACCAGUAGACCUUUAUCAGCUGGUAUGGCAGGUUUUGUUAUGAGUUAUGCAUUACAAAUUACUAGUACAUUAAAUGCUUUAGUAAGAGUAUCAGCAGAUGUUGAGUCAAACGUUGUCGCGGUAGAAAGGUGCUUAGAAUAUUGGGAAUUACCUCUUGAAGAAGAUGAAGAUUCAUUGAGGCUAAUAAAACCACCUAUUACUUGGCCAUCAUCAGGAACAAUUGAAUUUAAAGAUUACUCUACUAGAUAUGCCGAGAAUCUUGAUUUAGUUUUGAAGAAUAUUACUUUUUCGAUUAAACUGGGAGAAAAAAUUGGAGUUGUUGGUAGAACCGGUGCUGGUAAGAGUUCACUCACCCUUGCAUUAUUCCGUAUGAUCCAACCAGUGAAUGGGAAUAUUAUCAUCGACGAAAUAGAUACCACCACGCUUCUUUUAUACGACUUGCGUCAUAAUCUAAGCAUCAUCCCCCAAGAUUCCCAAUUGUUUGAAGGUACUAUUCGACAAAAUUUGAAUCCUUUAGGUUAUUUCACAGAUGAAGAAGUUUGGAAAGCACUCGAACUUUCUCAUCUCAAAUAUUUCAUCCUUGACUCCGACAGAGACGAACUCCCAGAUAAACUAGACUCCCACGUCUCAGAAGGAGGAUCCAAUUUCUCUGCUGGUCAAAGACAAUUGAUUUGUCUUGCCAGAGCUUUAUUAAGCACUUCCAAUAUCUUGGUUCUCGAUGAAGCCACUGCUGCAGUCGAUGCUCAAACAGAUAAAAUCAUCCAAGAAACCAUCAGACACGAGUUCAAGCAUAAAACCGUCAUUGCCAUUGCUCACAGACUUGACACUGUCAUGCAAUGUGACCGUAUACUUACCUUGGACCAUGGAGAAGUCAAGGAAUUCGAUUCGCCGCAAAACUUGUUGCAAAAUCAAAAUGGUAUUUUUUACUCCCUUUGCAAACAAGGUGGCUUUAUAUAA